GAGACGUACGCACUGUUCUUUUCCCCAAAAACAUUUCUUCUUAUUCGUUAUCCGAAUCCCUCUCUGAAUUCUCUCUAUAUUAUGCCACCCCCAAAAUUUUCGGCCAUUUUCCCUUCAAAACCCUAAAAGGCUAAAAUCUUUAAUUUCUCUCCCAAAAUCCUUGUAACCAUUCAAUUCGAUUCUAAUUCUAAUUUCAUCUAUAUCUUCGAUUUUUUUUUUUGGUUAAAUUCGAAAACCCAAAAUCCUUUUUUGUUUUCCCUUGUGUGUUUUUUUUUUGUACAAAUUUGGUUUGAUUUUUUUUAUUGUAAUUUAUAAAAAUUUUAAUAUAAAAGCUUGAAUCUUUUCUCUGCACCGGUUUAAGCACAGAGACAAAUCUUUGUUGUUCUGUUUGUUUUCUUGGAAGCUGUUUUUUAGUUUUAUUUUCCGGGACCAAAAUCUGCAGCGGAUAAUAGUCGAAUCGGUGUUUCUUUUUGGCUCUGAAGUAACGGAGAUGGGGACUGUUUAGCUGCAAAAGUCGGGUUUUGUUUUUGAAGACUCAGCCUGGUGUUAUGCUUAGAAGAGAAAUUGGAGAAUCGGCGAUUAUUUUCGUCUGGGUAUUUGGUACUUUAAUUGUUUGGGCACUUGGGAUUAUGAGGAAUAGCGGUGAUGCCCAGAAACAGAUGGGUGGAGCUGUAGUUCCAAGGCCAGGGAGAGCUGGAUUGUCUCGAACUAUUUCAAGCUACUUUAGGAUUGUCUCGUCUGGGGCGUCUACUGUGGCAAAGUCUGCAGCGUCAGCUGCGGCUUCGAUUGUCGAUAAGAUGGAUGAUGCCAACCACCUUGACCAGGUGCUCUGGGCUGGGUUUGACAAGUUAGAGUAUGAGGGGGAUAUAGCCCGGCAAGUUCUCUUGUUAGGAUAUCGCUCUGGUUUCCAGGUUUGGGAUAUUGAAGAGGCUAACAAUGUUCGAGACUUGGUUUCAAGAUAUGAUAGUGCUGUUUCUUUUAUGCAAAUGCUUCCAAAACCAAUAGUGUCAAAAAGUUCAGGUGACAAGUUUGCAGGCAGCAGACCACUUCUGGCAGUUUGUGCAGAUGGGUCCCGUUCUGGAGGUUGUAACAUUCAGGAUGGGUUAGCCAGUCCUUGCAAUGGGAGCAUCCCAAACCACCAAGAAUUGGGAAAUGGCAAUUCCAUGCCUACUGCGAUUCGGUUUUAUUCAUUGAGUUCUCACUCUUAUGUACAUUUUCUGAGGUUCCGUUCUAUUGUUUAUUCUGUGAGAUGCAGCUCCCGAGUUGUUUGUAUUUCUCAAGCAGCUCAGAUACACUGUUUUGAUUCCUCGACAUUGGAAAGGGCAUAUACUAUUCUGACAAAUCCUAUCGUUACCAGUUGUCCUGGUCCUGGUGGUAUAGGCUACGGACCUCUUGCGGUUGGUCCCAGGUGGCUAGCAUACAGUGGUAGUCAAGUUGUAGUCUCCAAUUCUGGCCGUGUUAGUCCACAACACCUGCCACCUUCUGCUAGCUUUUCUGGUUAUGGUUCAAAUGGGAGUCUGGUUGCACACUAUGCAAAAGAGUCUAGCAAGCAACUUGCUUCUGGGAUUGUUACUCUAGGAGACAUUGGAUAUAAAAAACUGUCGAGGUAUUGCUCCGAGCUUCUGCCUGAUUCACAUAGUUCUCUGCAAUCUAGGGUUCCUGGCUGGAAGGGCAGUGGAACUGUUAAUGGUCAUUAUCCAGAUUCAGAUAGCAUUGGAAUGGUCAUUGUUAGGGACAUUGUCACUAAACAAGUUAUUGCACAGUUUAGGGCACAUAAGAGCCCUAUUUCGGCAUUAUGUUUUGAUCCUAGUGGGACCCUUUUAGUCACAGCCUCAGUUCAGGGUCAUAACAUAAAUAUAUUCAGAAUAAUGCAAGGACUUCCAGGAAGCUCAUCUGGUGCUGAUGUUGACACUUCUUAUGUACAUCUUUACAGGCUGCAACGUGGUUUUACAAACGCAGUUAUACAGGACGUAAGUUUCAGUGAUGACAGCAACUGGAUCAUGAUAAGUUCCUCAAGAGGUACAAGCCAUCUAUUUGCUAUCAAUCCAUUUGGCGGGUCAGGAAAUUUUUUGUCCACUGAUGCUGGUAUCACCAAUAAAAAUGGUGAAUUGGGUGUCAUGACUAAACCGGCAGUUCGUUGGCCUCCAAAUUCGGAUGUACAAAUGUCUCAUCAAGAAAAUCUUUUUGGAUCUGGUCCCCCGGUUACACUCUCUGUUAUAAGCAGAAUAAGAAAUGGCAAUAGUGGUUGGAGAGGCACAGUUAGUGGUGCAGCAGCUGCUGCAACUGGCAGGCUGGGUUCUCUGUCAGGAGCUAUUGCUUCUUCUUUUCACAAUUACAAAGGUAACCUUGGUCUAAAUGUUGAUAACAGCUCUUUGAAGACCAAGUACCAUCUUUUGGUUUUCUCUCCUGCUGGUGUUAUGAUUCAAUAUGCAUUGCGAACUCCAGCUGGUUUAGAUUCUGGAACCCUUUUCUCUGUAUUGAACUCUGCAUAUGAGCCCGCUCCAGAAUCUGAUGGAAGAUUAGUAGUUGAGGCAAUCCAGAAGUGGAAUAUAUGCCAGAAACAAAAUCGACGAGAGCGGGAAGAUAAUAUUGAUAUCUAUGGUGAGAAUGGAAAUUCAGACAAUCAUAAGAUAUAUCCAGAGGGCAUGAAGAAGGGGAAUAGUAUCUAUCCUGAAGCCCCAAUAGCAACAGCAAAGAUCAGCCCCGAGGAAAAGCAUCAGCUAUAUAUUUCUGAAGCUGAAUUGCAAAUGCAUCAAGCUCGGGUUCCUUUGUGGGCAAAACCUGAGAUAUACUUUCAGUCCAUGAUGAUGGAUGGCACAAAAGUGGAUGAAAGAAAAGUUUUGGGAGAGGAAAUAGAGAUUGAACGAAUUCCCACUUGUGUGAUUGAAGCAAGGUCAAAAGAAUUAAUUCCUGUAUAUGACUAUCUCCAAACUCCCAAAUUUCAUCAAACGAGGGUUCCUGCUGUACAUAGUAAUAUCAAUGGGCAACCGCUGCACCCAAAGUCUGGGCUGUCUGGAUCUAGCAGGCCUUCACAUCAGAGCAGUUCUGGCUCUCUUGAAUCCAUGGCUGAGAUUGGUGCAGUGGUGAGUGAAAUCCAGUAUGGUGUUGAAGAGACUGGGUGGGAUGGUCCUGGGAUAUGUAUAGAAACCAAGGGCUUUGUAAGUAGCAAUGAUAGCCUAAAAACAAAUACUCCACUCGAGAUUGUAAAUAAUAGAGAGAGCUUGAAAACGGAGUCUCAACUCAAGUUUGUAAAUAAUGACAUCGAAGGCCUGACGGAGAAUCGUUUUGAAGACGGCGAUGAACUUGAUUAGAGAGAAUCGAGAGUUCAAAAGGUUGGAAGUGAUAAAGAUUGGAGAGAGCCUUGCACGUAGGUUGAAAAUCGAGAGACCUGCAACAGAGGCAAGCAUGUGACCCUGUGGUAGAGUUGUAGGUUUCAGUUCCUAGUAACAGUCUGCUUACAUCCUGCCUGGACUGUAGUUUCUGUUUCUGAGUUACUAAGAUAGUGUUCCAGAACUUAAAUGAUGCAUUUGCAUUUGUAUUGAUUCUCGUCCCCCGCAUCUAGCUUUCCUUAUUGUACUUU